GGAAAUUCAGGCGAAGACAGAGGAGCAGCGUGGGGAGGCGUGGUGGGUAUAUAAACCCAGGCAACGCAGCGUCCCCACACAGCUCUCACUACUACGAUGAAGAGACUACAAGUUGUACUGGUGACGGUGGUAGUGGCGGCGGUGUGGGCACAAGGUCAGGAGGCAAAGGAUCCGGUAGUCCCUAGAACAGGAUUAUUCCCUGGAUUUACAAGUGGAAUACCUGGUCAUGGCACUGGAGCAGGUCAUGGAGGCGUGAUAGGUGGAGUGGUCCACCCAGAAAUCGUGCCGGUCCACCCUGAUGGUCUGGACUGUCGGCCGGACAGUCUCACCCCACACACUCAACAGUGCCGGUACUCCCAAUACGACCAGUACAGCAACCGUUACUUAUGCUCCAGGAACCAGAAACCACAGUACCAGUGCCCAAGAAUGCGACUUGAGUGCCCAAACUUCCUUCGCAAUCAAUUACCUCAAAUAUGUAAUACUGACAACGAUUGCCCAGGUGUUGAGAAGUGCUGCUGUGACAUCUGUCUUCCCCAUUAUGUCUGCAAGCAGCCCCGCUAGAAGACCUGUCAUGGAAAACUGGAAUUAAGGGUUUACGUUCUAAGUGACCCUGAACUUAUGUCGACUAUUUAGCAUUUGAUGUUUCUGAAUCUAAAGUUGGCUUUGUUUGAUAUGUCUUCUGUAUUAUGAGAUUAACAAAUAAAUGACGAAAGUAAA